UACUAAAACACAUUGCUAAGAAAAAUUUUCAACACAAGCAUGUCAUUUCCUUUCUUCAUGGACCAGAUGCUGAAAUACUAUGAGAUACAAUUUCAGAUUUCAGUUGCAAAGAGAAGGAAGUGAAUGAAUCAGUGUGCCUGCUUUAUACUCCAAGCAUUAUGGAGUCACGGAACAUCUUUCUUGAUCACCAGGAAGAGCUUGAUAUCUAUUCAGAUUCUGUGAAAUUUGAUGCUCGUUCAAUGACGGCACUGCUUCCUCCCAAUCCUAAAAACGGCCUCCAAGAGAAGCUGAAGUCCUUCAAAGCUGCACUCAUCGCCCUGUAUCUCCUGGUGUUUGUCGUCCUGAUACCUGUCAUCAGCAUAGUGGCAGCUCAUCUUCUGAAGAGGGAAAUGAAGAACUGCACGGUUGGUUCACCUCAUGCAAGUGCCAUGUCUCAAAGUCUGGGAAAAGGAAAUGGCAGUGAAGAUGCAAUGAAAUUUCAAGAAUUUGUUUUGGAACACAUCAGCAACAUUGAGAGAAGAAUCCAGGACAUUUCAGAUGCAGAAGCCAGUUUCAUAGGUUCAGAAAACUUCCAAAAUUUCAGCAUGACAACUGAUCAAAGACUUAACAGUGUUUUUCUGCAGCUAAAUAACUUAGUUUCCUCAGUCCAAGAACAUGAGAGUGCGGUAGAUGAAAUCUCCAAGUCCUUAGUAAGUCUGAACACGACCUUGCUUGAUCUGCAGCUCAGUAUAGAAACAUUGAAUAAAAAAGUCCAAGAGACUACACUGAAGCAACAAGAGGAUAUUAGUAAAUUGAAGGAGCAUGUAUACAAUGCAUCAGCAGAAAUUAAGUCUCUGAAAGAAGAACAAGAACACAUAGAAGAGGAAAUAAAGAAAGAAUUGAAAGUGCUGAAUAAUGUCACCAAUGAUCUCAGAUUGAAAGAUUGGGAACAUUCUCUGACACUGAGAAAUAUCACUUUGAUUCAAGGUCCCCCUGGACCCAGAGGUGAAAAAGGAGACAGAGGUGCCCCUGGACAAACCGGUAUACCAGGCCUGCCCGGUCUAAGAGGUCCUCCAGGUCUUAAAGGUGAUCGUGGAGUAACUGGCUUUCCUGGAAGUAAAGGCUACCCGGGACCAGCAGGAAAUGUGGGCAGACCAGGAAAUCCUGGACAAAAAGGUCAAAAGGGAGAAAAAGGAACUGGAAAUCUAUUCCAUCUGCCUAACGUAGUUCGACUGGUUAAUGGCAAAGUGCCUCAUGAAGGUAGGGUGGAGAUCUUCCACGAGGGCAUCUGGGGCACCAUUUGUGAUGAUCGCUGGGAAAUAAGAGUUGCAACUGUCAUCUGUCGAAGUUUGGGAUACAAAGGUGCUAAAGCCGUGCACAAAGCAGCUUAUUUUGGGCAAGGUACUGGUCCAAUAUGGCUGAACGAAGUAUUCUGCUUUGGAAGAGAAUCAUCUAUUGAUCAGUGCAAUAUCAGGCAAUGGGGUGUGAGAUCCUGUACACACUCAGAAGAUGCAGGAGUCACAUGCGCUAUAUAAUACAUCAUAUUUUCACUCACAUUUAUAAAAUUAUUGCUGCAAGAUAAUGUUUCUUACUUUGCUCUAUUGAAAUUAGCUUAAUUAAUAUAUAAGGGAUUAAAAUUAUUUGCUAUAGGAUGCAUGGAUAGUAACUUCCUACUUAUAUAAAGUACUAUGAGGAUAAUUGUAAUAAGUAAUCUCAAAAAUUUGUAAUUGAGAAAAAUCUACUGAGUUUAGUCCAAUCUAGAAAAGAAGUUAAUAAUGUCAAUACAAUUUAUGGGCUCACAUUACUUUGGAGCAAAGAGUAGUAUUAACUCCAAGAAGCAUGAUUUUUUUUUCUUUAAAAAUGAAAACAUUGAAACAUAAGUUCAAAAUAGGAUAAUAAGAAAUUAGCAAUGAUUAAUAUACUAUGUAUUGUUAUCUUCAUGAUUUUUUUAAAAGAGCUGCUAAGUCAAAGCACUGUUAUACUAUUACACUUGUCUGGUCAUCUAGCAUCAAAUUAAACAUAAAAUGUAAGAACAGAAAAAAGAAAGGAAGAAGAGGAAGAUGAAAAAAAGAAAAUGAAGAAAUACCAUGGAGUUGACACUGAAAUACUAAGCACUUUAUCUCAAUCACUCAGAUAAUUUUAAACAAGUACUUGCAGAUUUUCCAACCACCAUUGCGGUACAAUGGUAUUCAGUGGUCCCAGGUUCUUGCUAUCUUAUUCAAAAAUUGGAGAAGACAAUCAAUGAAGUUGAAAAUGCAACAUUCAGUUAAAGUCAAGAAGAAGGAAAAAAAGGUGGGAAAAAAAAAAGAGAAGUGCAAAAAGAUGUUAAAAAAAAAAAAGCAAAAUAUAUGCCAUGCACACCAGACAGGCUGCUGCAAAAGCAAAAGGGAAACAAUCACAGUAAAGUCAGUUGCCGCUAUCUUUUAUAUCCUUUUCUCAUGUCAGAUCUGGGCCACAAUUUACAGGUUGUGCUCUGUUUUCCAGCCUUUUGACCAUGCCCCAGUCUCCUUCCUCACCACAGGAAAAUACUGUAUUCAAGUGAUGUGUUAACUGAGGCAUGUGUCCAUAUGAAAUCAUAUAGUAAUAUUUGUCUUAAGGGGAAAAUGGAACAGUUGGAGCUUGAAUUAAUAUAUGUGUUGCCAGGUGUGCUGGCACAUGCCUGUAAUCCCUGCAUUUGGAAGACUGAAGCAAGAGGAACACCUUCAGUUUGAGGCCAGCCUGGGCUACAUAAGCAAGUUCAAGGCCAGGCUGCACUGCAUAGUUAGACCCUGUCUCAAACAAAGAAACAAAAAGGCAGUAAUGUUUAUACUCAAUCCAAUCAUGGUGAAAAUUAUGAAGAUAAUUGUAUCUUGUUCUUCCAUAGAAACACUGAAAAGCAAAAAGAAACUGUCAGAAUCAACUUUCUUAAGACUCCAGAAAAAGUCAAACUUUUACAACAAAUAAGGGAAUAUUAAGACAGUAAAAAGUCAACUUCAAAACUAUAGGAAAGUUUUGUGACAUUUUCACCUGUCACGGCUGCAGCAGUGAUUUUUGGUCUUGAAGCAGUAACAGUCUAUGUUCCCAACUUGUAAAUAUUGUACUUGGAUCCAGAGGAAGCAGAGUUCUUAACAAAACAUGUCUAUUGUGGCUUCUUAUGAAAUAUGUCUGAAGGAGUGAUGCUAAGGCAGAUCAGAGAUAAAAUGUGCCUAAACGGAUGAUUAGAACUUUCAAUGAUACAAACAGCCCACUGCAGCACAUAUGCCAGAGUGUUGCCACUGCUGAUGUAUUCAUCUGUUUCACUUAGCUUGAAAUUCAGGUUGUAAAAGCAGUGGGCAUUGUCUAAAACUCUGCAAACAACCCUCAAGUUCCUGAAUCAAAUGGGUAUAGUGGGAACAUAACAUAGACUGUAUAGGAUGGUGGUAAAAGCUGGGGAGAGUUUUCAUAGGAAAUUAGGAUAUUAAAAAUGUAUACAGAGACAUUUAGAAAAGAUGUGCAUGCCCAGUGCAAAAUACAUGCAUUGAAAAACACUGAGAAUAACCUGUACUUUUACCCUAAGCUGAUUUGCAGGGUUAGUGUAAGUCUGGCUAAAGGUUAAAGCAAUGCCUAUUAUGGAAGCAACCUGAAAUUCUGGGAUUGGUGAGUUGUAAUGGUUUGGAGGGUUGUUUUUGUUGUUGUUUGUUUGUUUUUGUAGGGGUUUUUUUGGUCUCUAUUUUGUUAGGCAAUCACAAGUUAAGGAAUAGAAAUCUCUGAGAAUAUCACAAAUAAGAAACAUCAUUAUGGAAAUCCAUUAUUAAAAAUUAGAUUUUAGCUAGCACAAUAUAUAAAUUACAGGAAAAGAAAAAUAAUAGCUUUUGAGACUUGUCACAUUAUAAUAUUAAAUGAUAUUUUCAACAAAAAAUCAUAAGGCAUAAAGAAAUAAGGAAGUAUGACCUACUGAAAGAAACAAAAAACAGGCACUGAGGAAGUUCUCAUGUUAAAUUUACUACAAGAUAACUGAAAUUUUUGUAUCUGAGACUCAAGAAGGAGAAAGAAGGAAAAUUUGAAAUACUCUUAGGGAUCCACAGGACAUCAAGUGGUCCAAAUGUACAUUACAGAGUCCCAGAAAUAGAAGAGAGAAAAACAAUGGAAGAAAGAACAACUGAAAAAAUAGUGGGUAAAACUUCCAAACUUUGAUGGAAGACAUGCUCAUACAUGUCCAAAAAUAUGGCUAAUUUUGAAUAAGAUAGUCAAAGAGACCUAAGCCAGGACAUAUUAUAAUCAAAUUCUACAAGGAUAGAAGUAACAAGAAUCUUAAAAUUACCAAGUGAGAAACUGCUCAUUAUAAACAGUUGAUUACCUGUAAGAUGAACAUCACAUUUCUCACCACAAAACAUGGGGAUAAAAGACAUUUGGGUGAUGUAUUUAAAUUCCUGAAAGAAAGAGAAAAAGAAAGAGAGAAAGAGAAAGAAAGAAAGAAAGAAAGAAAGAAAGAAAGAAAGAAAGAAAGAAAGAAAGAGAAAAAGAAAG